UCGAUGCAUCGAUGUUUUCAUCAUCACUAUUAGGGAGCACAUAUAUUCGAUAUCGAUUUUCUAAUUCAAUUUAUAACCAAACGCAAUAUUUUGCAUGGAUUCAUACAUAUUUUCAAUUAAAAGCUUCACAUUCGUUGAUUGUGUCUAACAUUCGAAACCAGAUUAAAAGAAGUAAAAUAAUCAUUGGAUUACAUGCCCUUUGCAUGGUCUCCGUUGCUAAUAUGACAUGUAGCUCUACUUGUAGAGAAGUUAGUCGUAAUAUAAAUGUAUUAUUGGAAGGUAAAAAUCUCCAAAAUAAUACCAAUUAUAGACUGUUCUGCACAACGUGGCAUUCAAUUUCUAAUUUAUAAAACCUAAAAGGCAACAGCGGACUAAAAUUAUAUAUAUAAUUGAAAAUAUAACGAAACAAGUUUAUAUUCCACCGAAUAUCGAAUAUCGUAAUGAAUUUGGCGCAGCAACUGGAAAAAAGCAAGCUGUUCAAGUGGUGCUAUUAUAGUGUAUUCACACUAACUGUUAACUACUUGACUUGCAGCAGCGACGGGAUACUCCAACCGUCAAACGUGACGAGUCUGAGCUUGGCAAUUUUACAAAAGGAGUAUAUCAAGCAGUUUUAUUUUGAGAAGCGCGUGGGCAGCGGAGGAGGAGGAGUCUUUGGAUGAUGUUUGGGAUGAUUAAGAAGGAGGAGCUGGUGCAGUAGCAGUCCCUUAGCAGCAGAAGCAGCCAACAAUCCAACACAGAUUAAUCAUCAACUCUCCCCAGAUUAUUGUGGAAAGAGACAACGAAAGCAGCGCAAGAAAACGCGCUUUAAAAUUGUGAAUUUUGUCCAUUGGAAGUAUUUCAUACUCUUCCAUAAAUUAAGUAAGCGAGACAGUGCUAAAAUGAAUCUUAUGGAAUUAGUUGGCGAUCGUCUAAACUGCUUAAUAGUAAUAAUAUUUACGGAAGAGCAAGUGUUCAGCUGACACUACGGUUCAGUCAAAAAAUUUUGGUCCGUCUUUAGGAAAAAAUACCUAACAAUGCUAGCUUCGUAGAAAGCGAAACUAAUAUUUUUUUUCCUAGUUUUGUAUAAUUAUAUUAUUAUAAAAUAUGAUUACUAAUGACGACUUAUGUGUCACUGACAUUGCCUCUACACGUAGUGAGGCAUUGCAAAUGAAUUCAAUACCGCCGAAAGUCGUCACUAAAAAUGUGCAAUUUGGAGACUUAGAAGACUUCGACACUGAACAAAAUAGUCCUGAGCUCUCUGGAAUAGCUACAAAAAACAAAUUAUUGAAGCUUAAUUGGUGGCAUUCAUCAUCAGCUCAAACGCGGGAUGUGGGACACCAGAAUAAGUUGGAAAAUAAUAAUACUUUACUUAAUGGACGUGUUAACAAUACGCCAAAAACAAAUCCAAUAACAUUAUUAACUAACGAUGAACAUCAUCACGAUGCCUACAGUGAAUCCAAAGUUGAAGAAAUUUUAGACCAAAAUGUCGAAGAAUAUGAAUAUUUAAAGGAUUCGCACCGUCUUGUCGAUGCUUCUGAACCAUGUACAACCGGCGGAAUUUUAAAUCCAGGUCAGGAGGACCAAAUGCAAAUUUCAGGUUACCGGCGCUCUCGAAUACGAACCACUUUGUGCUGGAUAUGUAUAUUUUUAACCGCUGGUAUCUUGCGUCUCGUGUUGCAUUGGUGGCGGCAUUUGUACUUAUUUGCCACUUGCUCCCAGUGUUCCUUAGAGGAAGCGGAACAGGUGUUGAUAAAAGAGGACUAUCAAGGCAAACACAAACUUUAUCAUGUGAAGCGUAUUCAGGUUUUGAACGGACACAAUCUCAGAAACUUAUUGCCCAAAGAAAACAACCGCAUGGAUUUGGAAAAUUCCCUGGACCUUUCUGUCCAUUUCACUUCAGCGCAGUUUAAAAGAUGUUCAACCCUUCGAAUAUUUCGAUGUAAACAAUUGGUUUACGCUUGGGAUAUUUCCCAAAAUUCUUUUCGCCGGAUUAAUGGCUUGGACUUGAAUAUUUCCUGCUCGUAUUAUCAUCAACAAAGAGGAUUACAUUUGGAUGAACAGCUCUCGCGACGUAUUGUAUUUGGCGAUAAUGCUAUAACUGUACCGCUACGCGAUGCCAAGACUUUGCUGUUCCUGGAAGUUUUAAAUCCAUUUUAUGUUUUUCAAAUAUUCUCAGUGAUCUUAUGGUUUACAUAUGAUUACUAUUAUUACGCUUGCGUUAUACUAUUAAUGUCCAUGUUUGGCAUAACUGUUUCCGUUUUGCAAACUAAAAAGAAUCAAGACGUACUGAUCAAAACUGUUUACAAUACUGGCAACGCUUGGGUUGUGGACCCGCACGGUUCAUCCAAGGCAGUACCAACGGAAUCGUUAGUACCCGGAGAUAUUAUUGAAAUACCAUCCUCUGGAUGUACAAUGCAAUGCGAUGCCGUAUUGUUGUCUGGAAAUUGCAUACUCGAUGAAUCAAUGCUUACUGGCGAAAGUGUGCCGGUAACUAAAACUCCAUUGCCCUCAAAACGUGAUGUUAUAUAUGACAAAAAGGAACAUGCGCGACAUACGCUCUUUUGCGGGACUAAAGUUAUUCAAACACGGUAUAUUGGAUCAAAAAAAGUAUUGGCUUUUGUUAUAAAUACUGGAAAUAUAACGGCCAAAGGAGAGCUAAUUAGAUCUAUUUUAUAUCCGCCGCCUGUGGAUUAUAAAUUCGAGCAGGAUUCGUACAAGUUUAUACAGUUUCUAGCCGUAAUCGCUUGCAUUGGAUUUAUUUAUACGCUCGUGACCAAAAUAUUACGUGGCACAGAUCCUGUUAAAAUAGCUGUUGAAUCUUUGGAUUUGAUCACCAUUGUUGUUCCUCCAGCCCUCCCAGCAGCUAUGACGGUUGGACGUUUCUAUGCACAGAAACGUUUAAAGGUUAGCGAAAUAUUUUGCAUAUCGCCACGAUCGAUCAAUGUGGCUGGAAGCAUUAAUUGCUGUUGCUUUGACAAGACCGGAACACUAACCGAAGAUGGCCUAGAUAUGUGGGGCGUUUUACCAAAAUCAUCAACCAAUCAAUUUCAAAUUCCACUAAAGAACAUCGAACGAUUGCCUUACGAUCAUUUUCUUUUUGGAAUGGUCACUUGUCAUUCGAUUACCGUAAUGAACGGCACUAUGAUGGGAGAUCCGUUAGACUUAAAGAUGUUCCAGUCCACGGGUUGGACUCUAGAAGAUUCAAGCAAUAUACCAGAUAAUGAGAAAUACGGUUUGCUUUAUCCAACCAUUUUAAGGCAGCCAAGAAUAGUAAACGAUAACGAAACCGAUAAUGAUAAAAACAUUACCAAAGAAAUUAAGCGACAAUCUUCGGUUGAUGAUCUAUUGGCUUCCGUUGGAAUUUCCCAUACUCAACGAACCUUUGAUCAUGGAAUCGUACGGGAAUUUCCCUUCACCUCCAGUUUACAACGAAUGUCGGUACUUACCCGCUGUCUUAGCUCACAAGUUUUUAAUGUUUAUUGCAAAGGUUCACCAGAGAUGCUACAGAAAUUGUGUAUACCUCAGAGUCUGCCUGAAGACUAUACGCAACAACUAUCGACUUUUGCCAAAAAAGGUUAUCGAAUUAUUGCAAUUGCCUUUAAGGCUUUAUCACCUAAAAUGAAUUAUACGAAAGUUCAGAGACUAGCCCGGGAGGACGUUGAAUCGAAUUUAAUAUUUUUGGGUUUCGUAAUACUCGAGAAUCGCCUGAAACCGGAUACUGCGCCAGUUAUUAAUGCAUUAAAUGCCGCAAAGAUACGCACUAUAAUGAUUACGGGUGAUAAUAUUUUAACGGCGAUCAGUGUAGCUCGGGAUUGUGGGAUUGUUACGACUUCGCAAGCUGUUAUAACAGUUCACGCUGAUGCAGUAGGCCACACUAAUAAUGUUAAUCCAGCAGAAACUGCGAGAGCUGGUUCCUCUAAACGUACUAAUAAUUCCAAUGAAGGUCUGCAUCAGCAAUUUAGGCUGCAGUAUACCUUGGAUCUGGGAAGUAAAAUAUCACCAUCGCAUGUGGAAUGUAAUGGAAAACUGACCAUGAAUUUAUCAUCUUAUUCAUUAGCCAAGAAUGAUGAUAACGAUGGUACAUCGAGCACAAUCACUGUCCUUCCCACGAGUGAAAGUUUGGCCAGUGUUAAAACCACAGAAACCUGGACACAUAACGAUGUAACAGAUGUGGAAGUGGGUAUAAAACUUCAGGAUGAUAAUAGCUGGAGGAAGCAAUAUGUUUUCGCCAUGGAUGGCAAAACUUGGCAAAUUAUAAAAGAGCAUUUUCCAGAAAAAUUGCAGAUGAUAUUAACUCGUGGAUCUAUCUAUGCCAGAAUGUCACCGGAUCAAAAGCAGGCGUUAAUAAUGGAGCUUCAGAAUUUGGAUUACUGUGUGGCCAUGUGCGGUGACGGAGCCAAUGAUUGUGGUGCUCUUAAGGUUGCUCAUGCUGGCAUCUCCCUUAGUGAAACGGAAUCUUCGAUAGCAUCACCAUUUACCUCACGAAGUCCAACAAUUGCUUCUGUCAUAAAUGUGAUUAAAGAAGGACGAGCGGCGCUGGUCACAUCUUUUGGCAUUUUUAAAUAUAUGGCCGCUUAUUCGCUUGUUCAAUUUAUUUCCGUUAUGAUUCUCUAUUCAAUCGAUUCGAAUCUAACGGAUAAACAGUAUCUUUAUGUGGAUCUCGGCUUGAUAUCCAUAUUUGCCUUCUUUUUUGGCAAAACGGAAUCAUUUGAUGGUAAUUUGGCUAAGCAGGUCCCUCUGAAUUCCUUGAUAUCUUCAACUCCAUUGGCUUCCCUCUUGCUGCAUCUAACUGUGGUAACCGGAUUUCAGGUAACGGGGUGGUUCCACUUGCAUCUUCAGCCCUGGUUCGAACCCUUUCAGCCCCAGUCGGAUGAAGAGCAUUUGGGAUGUUAUGAAAACUAUACCAUGUUUUGCAUUUCCAGUUUCCAAUAUAUAAUCCUUGCCUUUGUUUUCUCAAAAGGUGCACCGUAUCGUAAACCACUAUGGUCAAACUACCCACUAUGUUUUGCAUUUAUUAUAAAUUUAUGUGUAAUUAUCUAUUUAACUGUUUAUCCGAGCCAAUGGAUAGCCGAUUUUUUUCAACUAGUCGUACCUCCGGUAAUGAGUUUUCGUUAUGUGAUGUUAUUAUAUGGCUUGGCAGCUUUUAUAUGUCAUGUUUUUGUGGAGACUUUUCUCGUUGAAUAUUUGGUGUUUAAAAAGUAUCAAGUGAAGCGUGAUCAGAACUGGAUAACAUCCAAACAAAAGUACAUGAGACUUGAGUAUGAUGUAUUGAAUAAUGUUAAUUGGCCGCCAAUAAAUGAGGUUUACGAGCAGCCCAAUGAUAUAAUUGAAUGGGAAGACGAACAACAGCACUACGUUAAUUUGGGAGCCGAGCAAAGCAAUGAUCCGCCGCAAAAUUGCAAGUUUCCAGGAUUUUUUUAGGCAUCGUCAACUAAAUAAUACGUAGGUUAAUGUGGAAAACAGUUCAUUUUGAAGAAGAAUUCAACGUAUUAUUAUUAGCUGUAUGAUUUUUAGAGUAAGCUUCUGCCAUUGUAAUCAAGAAUAUUUUGUACUUAAAUAUGCUAGUGUUUAAAAUUUAUUUUGUUAAGUGUUACUUAAAGGCAGGUAAUUAUUGAGGUAAAUACGAAAUGGCUUAAAUGUAAUAUUGGUAAAAUCAGUUUGGAUGUAUGAAUACCAACAAAAUAAAUUAAAGUUGUUUUUAUUCAUA